AUGGGGGCUGGAGAAGAAUGCAGAGCUUCCACCUUUGCCGCUGCCUCCAAUGACAGUGAGAGCAUCACCGCCGCCGCCGCCGCCGCCGCCUUCUUCGGCACCGGUGCCGACAUCCAGCAUGAACGCAGCAUCGUCCUCUUUUGUAACAGAAAAGGCAUUACUGGCAAGCUGGAUUACAAGCUUUACUCACCGCCAAAUUUCACUCUAUCGCCCGAUUGUACCACCUUGUCGUCCAAGGCAGAGUAUCUGACAGCGAGCGCCAGCGCGCUGAUAGGGCUCAUCAGAUCCCAGGCGAGCAUCCCACCCAAGCCGUUGAUACAUAUCAAAGGCAACCGUGGUCGCACUAUUGAUUUUGACUUCAAAAUGAACCUUAUGGGCCUGUUGGUGGCAGACGACAUGGGCAAGCGUCUGGACUACAUUCGGUGUGUUGCGCCGGGCGAGGUCGCGUUCCGUGGCGGCGCGAAGCCCGAUGUCCUCCCCGAGGUGGGUGAUAGGGAGCUGGAUGAGUGGUGUCGCCGAUUCAUCGAGGACCCGGCGCCCGUCAAGAGUUUUGCGCUCGAACGAGUUGUUGCCAAUCUAGACACGCUCUAUAUUGAGGGCCAGAUUCGUAGUUUGAUCGCCUCAACUCAGUACAAAGGACAGAUCAACAUCUCGUUUCCCGUGACGCAUGCCAAGGUCAAGGUCAAGAGUGCCGAGAAGCCGAGCAAGCUGUAUAUGGGCAUGAAGAACCUUUUCACAAGCAAGCACAAGUACGAAGUGGUGCAGUCGGUGUGGCCCUUUGCGACGGCCAGGAACGGGGAGGAGGGUCGGAGGUGCAUGGUGCAGAGUGAAGAAGUGUGGUGGCGGGAAUGGAGAGACUCAAUCAAGUAUGCUAUUGCGCAGAAAAGGCAGAACGGGGCGUACGUGACGAACGAGGACAAGCUGGAGGCUCUUAUGGAGGGCAAGGGCAAGGGCGUGGCGUCCAUCGACUGGGGAGGGACAGGACCCGAGCUUGAGGAACACGUCGUUUGA